GCGUGCUGGAGUGACGCGCACUGUUGAACCCAACCUGCUGAUUUAAAAGAAACAGGGACAGCAAAUACUGGGCACCUACGCUGGGGAGAUACGACUAACUGUGGCGAGGAUGGCGUCUCGUAGCCUGGGGCUGCAUGUAGCUCGCAAACAGGACGCUGCCAGAAGUGGAGCUGUGGAGAGGAGGAAUCUACUGACUGUCUGCAGGUUUUCAGUGAAGACGUUGCUUGACCGCUCCUGUUUAGACACGAUAGACGACUCCUCUCCGGAGUUCACCAACUUCGUCUCCAUCCUGGAACAGAUCCUCAGUCACAGACUCAAAGGUCAGACUACGUGGUUUGGUUAUGAGACUCAUCGUAGUUUCUGGGAUUAUGUGAAAGCAGCCUGCAGUAAAGUCUCUCCUAGCUGCAUCCACAGCAUUGAGAGCAUGGAGAAUGUCCGCUCCUCCAGAGCUAAGGGUCGGGCGUGGAUCAGGCUGGUGCUGAUGGAGAAGAGGCUGUCUGAGUACAUCUCCGCCGCCCUGAGGGACUUCAAAACCACCAGGAGAUGGUAUGAGGAUGGGGCCAUCAUGCUAGGUGAGGAGGCGGGGCUGCUAGCAGAUACACUCAUCGGUCUCAACACCAUUGACUUCAGCUUCUGUCUGAAAGGGGAGGGGCUGAAUGGAAGCUGCCCAGCGGUGAUUGACUAUACGCCUUAUCUGAAGUCGUUUCAGAGAGAGAACAGCAUCAGCAGUGAUGAAGAGGAGUUUAGGACCCUGGGGAGCAGCGUCAGCGAGAACACCACCCCUGAAAAGAUGGCCGCCAGCUCUGCGGAGGCCAUCUUAACCGAGCAGAGCAGCUGGGUCUGCAGGUGUAAACGACUUGAGCAGAAAUACCGCAUGGCACUGGAACAGAAGUGUUAUCUGGAAGAGAUGGUUCGUCUGAGAGAGGCCCAGCUGUCUCAAGUGAUUCCUCAGAACAAAGCUCUUCAGCAGAGACUAACAGACACACACCUCUCACACACACUGGAGAAGGAACAACUAGAAUACAUCGUACUGGAGCUCCAGGACCAACUGAAGAAUUUCCAGAGUCUAGAGCAGCUGUCCCAGACCUCUCUGGAGCCCUCACACACACUCAACCUGGACACUAGACCAACCAGCUCACACUGGCACCACCAUGGGAAGGAGGACACCCCCUCUCUGAUAGGUCUGUGUGGGUCUCUGCAGUCAGUAGCCAGCAAUAAGUCCCUGGCCAGCCUGAAGUCCAGUGAGUGUCUAGCCAGCCCCACCACAGAGAUGACCAGUCCUGACCUCACCCCGUCCUAGAACCAGAGACCAAGAGAUCCAGCACAUGGUUUGGAGAAAGAGCCAGAUUUGGAUCUUGGAAUUGGAACUCAGCCUUUUUGAAUAACAUUCCACCCCCUCCUAAACCCAGAGAUUUAACUUCGUCCCCAGGCUCAAUUGAUGGAUUUACCAGGGAUGCAACACAGGUCGUAGAAUCAUACAACUGUGCAUAGAGAUGUAUUUAUUGAUAUUUCUAUGACUAAAUCACAUGGAAUCUGGAUCCAGGAACUCCAAGUUUUAAAGAAAUAUUGAAGGAACUCAUAGCUCAACAUGGGAGCCGCAGUCAAUCAUUUGGAAUUUACAACCCGGACUGACCCUGGAACCAGCGCUUCAGUAGUCAGUCCUUCAAUGUAAGCGCAGAGCCGUUGGAAAAACCAGGACUGUAUUGACCAGGACCGACCACGUUUGUUGUAUAUCUGCACUGAUGAGAAAACAACUACAGAGUUGAAAGCCAGUUCCGGUAGGUAUACUGUUGUCACCCAUCUUAUGUGUUCAGAUCACUGCAGACCAAGGAGAACGCCACUUUGACACUAUUGGGAUGCAGACCUUUUGUGUCACUUAAAGGACUCCUCAUGAUGUAAACAUGCUCUGCAUCCCAGAGAUUGACAAAACUUGAGGAAUUGCUUUCUUUAGGAUUUAUUUAGGGAGGGGAAAGGAGUGAAGGUUGUGGUUUGUUUCUCAAGUGUUAAAGCCUGUAGACUAGUGGUUCUGUUCAUGCCUCAUCAACUUGCAGGUGUUGUUGUCCUGUUACCCUGGCAACUUAAGUUAGCUCUACUCUAGAUGGCCGAUUGUGGGUCUGUCUCAGCGGCCAAAAAAUACCUCAAAGAACGGACAUUUAGGUAUUGUAUUCCUGCCAGAGGACUGGGCUAUCCUCAUUAUUUAUAAGUCUUUAAUGUAAUCAUGCUUCCAUGUUGGAAGGGCCUUGAAAUAUCUAGAGGAGAACAGUGUUGCUUUUAUGUCUUCUGUUUCUACGGUCAAUCCUCUGGUACCUUGUAGCCAUAAUCGUAUUAUUGAUGGCAUUGAAUGUAUCUCAUAAACUAUCAAAAUAAAGUCACACUCCAUAUAUAAACUCCCAGUAAUUUAUUGGGUAUUUAUCAACGUUUCGGCAUCACUGUGCCUUCAGACCUUCAGGCACAGUGAUGGCGACACAUUAGUAAAUACCCAAUAAAUUACUGAGUUUAUAUAUGGAGUGUGACUUUAUUUUAGCUUAUUUGCCAUUAGUCAGCACCUCCACACAAACACAUUUUUCUAAAGGGUGUGCGCCAGCAAAUUGUUAUUUUUAAAUUGACUAGCUCAUCCACAAUGCGUUUUGGAUUUAACCACACAGUAUUAUCUUUGUGUCAAAGGGUUUGUGUUCUCAGGAAAUGUUUCCUGUCCAACAGGGUUAGUUUGAACCGUUUGUUUAGGUUGAACAUGAUAGUCUGUAUUGGGGUUUCAUGUUCUGUCUCUGACUGCUUUGAGAUUUAUUUUGAUCAGAGGCAUGUGGGGAAAGUGUUCAGGGUGUGUUCUGUCUCACUCUCA